UUCAAGAGAGCUCGACCAACAACAAUGGGACGCAAAAAGCGGCUGAAGGUCGAGCGAAAGGCAGUUGCAGAGAACCAAUCACAAAUCUUGACUAUGGUGACUAUUUCUGAAACGGAAAUGGAGAAGGAAAAGACGUAUACAGCACUGCAAAAACUGAAAUCAGUUUCUAAUGAUUUGUUCGAAGAAUGUCAAAGGGUUUUCGCAAAUACUAGCUUUUGCACGGCGGAACUGGAGAAUAUUGUUGGUUGCUUUGACCGUUAUGAGAAGGAAAUAUCUACAAUUCCGGACGAAUAUCGAACGCAUCCCUGUGUAAUCAAAUUCCAAAAUUGCAUUAGAGCAUUGUGCAACGUUGUCGCAAAAAAGUUGAACAACACAACUCGCGAUGUUGAAACUCAGACCAAUUUUCAGUCACCAAGGAUUACAUGGAGACAAAGGUACUGGAUGCCAUAUUUGAACAAAUGAUCGUUACGGGAUAGCAUGUGUCGAAAAGAAGGCUUUUUAUUUGAACAAUUAUUUUAGUACCAAAAAAUAAACAUUUCGAAGAUAA